GCUCUGAGCCCCGCAGGAGCGUGGCCCUCUGAAAUGAAGAUGGAGGCAGCGGGAAAAGCAGAGCAACUCCUUGAUUCAGAAGCCCCACCAAAGGCUUCUGAAAAGCAAGAGGCAGCUGCCGACGAAGACGGACCUAUAGAACUGGAGCCACAAGCGCAGAAGGACGAUGCGCCGGCUGCAGCGGACUCUGCAGUGCUCUCCUCCAUGCCUUGCCUGCUGAUGGAACUGAGGCGAGACUCCUCGGAGUCUCAGCUGGCGUCCACCGAAAGCGAUAAGCCAGCGGGGGGCCGAGUUUAUGAGAGUGACUCUUCCAAUCACUGCAUGCUUUCCCCUUCUUCCAGCGGGCACUUGGCCGACUCCGAUACGUUGUCUUCCACAGAAGAGAAUGAGCCCUGUCAAGCUGAAGCUGCUGCAGAGGGAGACCCUUCUGGGGCGCCCGGGGCUGCAGCUGGGAGGAAAUCCAGGCGGUCCAGGUCCGAAAGCGAAACUUCAACGAUGGCUGCCAAGAAAAACCGACAGUCUAGUGAUAAGCAGAAUGGCCGAGUUGCCAAGGUAAAAGGUCAUCGAAGCCAAAAGCACAAAGAAAGAAUCCGUCUGUUGAGGCAGAAACGGGAGGCCGCUGCUCGCAAGAAGUACAACCUGCUGCAGGACAGCAGUACCAGCGAUAGCGACCUGACGUGUGACUCGAGCACGAGUUCAUCAGAUGAUGAUGAAGAGGUUUCAGGGAGCAGCAAGACAAUCACUGCAGAGAUACCAGAUGGCCCUCCGGUCGUAGCUCACUAUGAUAUAUCGGACACAAACUCAGACCCAGAAGUGGUCAAUGUGGACAGUCUGCUGGCGGCUGCAGUAGUUCAAGAGCACAGUAAUUCUGUAGCAAAACAAGACACAGGAUCUACCUGGACAACCAGAGGGCUGCUAGAUGAGCUGAGCACUGAUACAGGUCAUUUGGAUCCAGGAUUCCUUGCGAAUGACAAAACCUCUUCUGGUAAUGCCCAGGUCAAUGAAGAAAUUAACAUCGCCUCCUCUGAUAGCGAAGUAGAGAUUGUUGGAGUUCAGGAGCAUGCUAGGUGUGUGCACCCCAGGGGAGGCGUGAUCCAGAGUGUGUCUUCCUGGAAACACGGCUCAGGCUCGCAGUGCAUUAGCGCUCCGCAAACGCAGUCAUGGACAGCGGUGGCUCCCCAGCAGAAUUGGUCUUCGCCCUCAGAAGUAGUAGACCUCACUCUGGAUGAGGAUUCCAGGCGCAAAUACCUACUGUAA